CAUAUGAGUCUGGAAGACAUGCAAAUUCGCAAGGUAGAUGGCAACACUGCCUUUUCUAUGGCUGCCAUUUCAGGGAAUGUGCAAAUUGCUAAAUUACUACUUCACAAGAAUCCAGGAUUGGUUUGGAUUAAAGGACACAAAAACAUGCUUCCAAUUGAAUUGGCAUGUUGGGCUAAUCAGCCUCUUAUGGUGAAUUAUUUGUUUCAAAAUACUCGACUGGAUUAUUUGAACCGUCAGUUAUCCAUUGAAGAAGACAUUGUUAGGCUGUUUUUCUUGGCACUUACCACCAGCAAUUAUAGUGUGGCAUCUUCAUUGUUGGAUAUGUAUUCAGAACUUGCCAGGGCCGAAAACAAUGACGGACUAACUGCAUUGGAAGUCAUUGCCAAAUUGCCCUUGGAGGGUGAUGGAGCUGGAUAUAGAGACAUUGUGCGUAUGGUAUUUGAGCAUAUGGAAGGGGAAGAGUUUGAGUGUGCAAGAAUUUCAAAAGCAAUGUUUGAUGCAAUAAAAUUAGGAAACCACAUGAUUUUGGAAUUUAUCUUUGGAUACAAUGCAAAUUUAUUGAUGGAAGUGAAUUCAAAGGGGCAAAGCUUACUUCACAUAGCCAUUCUAAAUCGACGAGUAACUACAUACCAACUAAUAUUGAGCAAGGGUGCAUACACCAAUGCUAUUCUGCAAUUCCUUGAUUUUAAAGUAGAAACUCACCUGCAAUUGUUUUUAUGUGAAGUUACUAGUUGAGAAUUAUUAGAUAAUAAUUUAAUCAAAUAUGUCAAAUC